AUGCAUCCACAGCCAAAACGCAAAACCAAGACGAAUCGCUGUGAGAGGGAGGAGCACCCCGACAAACAGGGAGGACCUGAGGCGGCGACGCCCCCCACGACUCCCCCCACGACUCCCCAGAGUGCCUCCAGCAGCAUGAAGUCCUGCAAUGACUUGACCAUGAAAAUGGAGUUCAUGGGAGAAAGAAUGAAAUGGCAGGAGAGGCUAAUCAAGGACCUAGAGGAGGAGAGGACUUUCUUACGAGAGCAGCUGGCAGGCUCCCGGGCCCCAGGGAAAGCCCCCGAGGAGCCCUCCCGCGAGGACAAUGUCGCCCAUGAGUCGGCAACCCUCUCCAGCUCCAGCUCCAGCGAUGGUCCCCCUGUCCACAAUCCCCCACCCAAAAAGAAGAGGCACCACUCCCGGGGCCACUCCUCACACCAUAUGAGAGUCCGUACACCCCGGGAGGUCAUAGAAAGAUACCAGGAGGUCCUCAGGACCUUCAAGAAGGUUAGGACGAUGACAGAGGCCUUCAAUCGGCAACACGUGGACAGGGGGACCAUUGUGGCCACCGCCCCCAUCGCGGAGCUGGAGGCAGCCGACCCCAGUCUAUAUGGCUCUCUGAUCUACGACUCGAAAAUUGAAACCCUGUUAGGAUUUGCUAAAAGGUGCGGCAGCAGCGUCACCCCUGACCUGAAAGCCAAAAUUGCCGAUUUGAAGGCCAGGGGUGUCCUGCUGCCCAUCAAUGUUAAAUAUUAA